AUUUUGAGAAAAUCUCCAGAUUCCUUUCUUUUCUUUUUACCUGUGGUCCUAAUCGUCCUCCGUUGUUUCUGCAGAACUCCAACAGUGAACUGAACUCUUCCUGUGGGGGGAAGGACCCCCUGUGGAGCCCCUCCUCUCUGUGCGGCAUGGCCACGCCCCCUUCCUCCCGGGGCAUGUCGCCCAACCUGGAGCUCUCCCACAGUGCCUCACACCUUCCCAGCCGCUUCCACUGCACGUCAGGAGGAAAAGGAACGCCGGCCUCCAGCACUCCAGCCACCUCAUCCCCACCUCCCACUCUGUCAGAUGACUUCCCUGUAAUCUCCUUACCAGCCAACACGGUCCAGUCCAGUCCGCCGAGAAAAGAUCGUCGACAAGGAGAAAGCAGCAAGCCUGGACUGGUGAGACAGGAGCAAGUCAGAGAGAUGGAGAAGAGUGUAGAGGGAGCUGGAAACAGAGACGCAGAAAGUGCAGCGAAUGUCACCAUGACGCUGACGGAGCUGUCGGUUUUCAUGACGAGGCAGGAGCUGGACCUUCAGCUGAGAACGGAGAAGGAGAGAGAAGAAGCUGCCAUCACAGAGGAGCUGAUGAAACUCACUGAAGACAAGCAGGAGCUGCCGGGGCUGAGAGGCUACGACUCUCCUUUCUUCCACACCACUGAGACUCUGACGGGCCGCCAGACGCAGAACCCGACCUCCUCCUCCAACGCCCACCCAGGCGGCGCCGUCAGAGAGCCGCGCUACGCCGCGUCCACUCCGGACAGAGCCGAGAGCACCUCAGGCAGCGGCGGCGGCGGCGCUGGCGACAGAGCAGCGGCGUCGGAUCGGUCCGCCGUGGAUCGGUCCUGGUCCUUCCAGUCCGGCUUCACCCCCAUCGACCACCACCUGCUCCGGAGCCCCUCCGCCCCCGACGACGACUCCUCCAAGUUUGAGAUGUUCUCCCCGAGCCCGUGCGGCAAAGCGCCGAUUCCGUACGAGUCGCUGUUCGCGCUGGCCCUGCCCAGGGCCGCCUCGCUGUUCGUGGGCCAGAAGACGUCGGAGGCGGUCCACAAGGCGGCGAUGGAGAGGCUGCUGCAGCGCGAGGAGGGCCUGGAGGACGGGGAGGAGGAGGGCGUGGUGUCGGCUUCGCCACUGGAGGUGCUGGAUCGCCUUGUUCAGCAGGGGAGUGACGCACACGACAAAGUCCUCAAGAGAUUACCUUUGCCAAGUAAGUCAGCUGACUGGACUCACUUUGGAGGCUCGGCUCCUCUGGACGAGCUCCACACGCUGCGCAGCCAGCUGCUGCUGCUGCACAACCAGCUGCUGUACGAGCGCUACAAGAGGGAGCAGCACGCCGUCCGCAACCGCCGCCUCCUCCGACGCAUCAUCAACGCCACGGCGCUGGAGGAGCAGAACAACGCAAUGAAGGACCAGCUGAACCUGCAGAGCGUGGACAUCGUGUCUCUGAGGGACAGCCUGCAGGUGGAGCAGCAGCGCUACCGGCAGCUGUGGGACGACCGUGAGACCGUGGUGACCCGCCUGCACAGCCAGAUCCGGCAGCUGCAGCAGAGCCGCGACGACUACUACACCAAGAACCAGGAGCUGCAGAGCAAGUUACAGGAGUGCCAGAAGAGGAUGGACGACCUGGAGGCGGAGCUUCAGACGGCCAACAACAAAGUGGGCCACACCGGGCAUCUGCUCAACCAGAUGACUGUCAAGCUGAGCAACAGCGAGAGCAGCCAGCAGCAGAUGAGCUUCCUGAACAAGCAGCUGCUGCUGCUGGGGGAGGCGCAUAAGCUGUCCAUGCAGGACGCCCAGCACCCAGGCAUGAGCAAGACAAAGGAGACGGAGAUGCUGCGGAUGUCCCACAUGAAGGAGGUGGACUCCCUGAGGCAGAGCCUGCUGGCCCAGGGCCAGAAGCUGGAGGCGGCGCAGCAGCGAGCGGCCGAGCUGGAGACGCUCCUCUCCAAGAAGGAGCACCUCAUCGCCGAGCAGAAGAAGUUCCUGGAGGACGUGAAAUGCCAAGCCAAGGCGGAGCUGCAGGCGUCAGACUGCAGGUUCCAGGCUCAGAGGAGAGUCACCCAGCUGCUGCAGACCGAGCUGCUGCAGCUCUACAGCCGGGUGGAGAUGGAGGCUCCGGCCGCCGCCACCGGCAGCAGUUCACCACCAGGGGGCAGAGCGGAGACACGCAGGCAUCCAGACUGCAGCGCCACCGCUCCAGGCGGUCUUCACGCCGUCGAGCAGCCAAACAGCCCAUCACCUCACGAUUCCCCACGGGGGACGAAUGGCAGCACUUUAUCGCCGGGGCAACCGAAGGCGAGCGGCUCCUCCUCGCCCCCGGCCAGCUCCAUGAACGGAGGCCAGGACCUGACGCCGCCCUUGCUGAUGGAGCCGUCGGCGCCGUGCCCCCACGCCGCCCCGCCGGCCGCCCUGCCGGCCGCGGACGCCCCGCUCACCGUGGGCUCCUACCCCAGUGCCAAGAGCUUCCUGGGCAUGAAGGCGCGCGAGCUUUUCCGCAACAAGAGUGAGAGCCAGUGCGACGACGAGCAGCCGCCGCCGCCGCGCCUCGCCGGCCUCGCUCACGGCCUGAAGACCGAGCUGUGCGUGGAGCCGGGUCCGGCCGGCCCAGCUGCCGUCACUGUGCACGCCAAGGAGCCACCGCCCGAGCCCAGACUGCGACCACUCGGCCAGGGCAGCCCUCGCAGAAAAGCCGGGCCCGGGCAGGGUGGCGUCAGGGGCCCCUCGGGGCCCGGUCGCCCUCGGCAACAGCUAAAGAUCAUGGACUACAACGAAAUGCAUCACGAGCACAGUUAAAGACGCAGAACUGAGAAACUAACGGAGUAAAGCUACAAAUCAGCAGAAGAGUCACACGUCCGCAACUCUUUGGCAUUCAGUGUUAUUUGUCCUCUUAAGUGGACAACAGGAUUUCCUGCUUCUCUUUUCCUCUUUUUGUUUUUUAAAUCAUUCCCA